AUGAGCUCUACCACUGGCAAAUGUUUAUGUGAACAGAUUAGUGUUGCUGUUACCAAAGAAGCACUAGGUGCAGCUGACAAAAUUGUUGUAUGCCAUUGCAAGAAUUGUCGUCAAAAUAAUGGCUCAUUGGCAGCGGUUGAUGUUAUUGCACCGGAAUCAUCUGUUAAAAUUACUGGACAACCAAAAAUUUAUCAAGAUACAAAUACGGAUAGUGGUAAGCCGAUGCCACGUGCUUUUUGUGGUAAUUGUGGUAGUCCAAUUUAUAGAACUUCACCCAGUUUUCCCGGUAUGCUAAUAAUUAAAUUAGGUUUAUUUGAUGAAAUACCAAAACCAGCUACGGAAGUAUAUUGUAAACGAAGACCAACGUGGGUUAAAGCAAUUGAUGGUGCCAAACAAUUUGAUACUAUGCCGAAAUAA